UUUUCAACAUUUUUUCCUCGACAAUCCGAGAGUGCGGUUCACGGAAUCCGCGGCCUUAUUUUUCUCGCCCAAAGUUUAGUUAAAGUUCGGCAAGUGCGGUUUCGGAAAUGAAGUUCCUAGUUGUCCUGAGUGUCCUGGUGGCCGGUGCCCUGGCCGAUGGCCCGAAAGUUACGGAUAAGGUGUUCUUCGACAUCACGAUCGGAGGCAAGGAAGCCGGCCGCAUCGUGAUCGGUUUGUUCGGUGCCACCGUUCCCAAGACUGCACGCAACUUCAAGGAGCUGGCCGAGAAGACGGUCGUCGGUGAAGGAUACAAGGGCAGCAAGUUCCAUCGCGUGAUUCGCGACUUCAUGAUCCAGGGUGGUGACUUUACCAAGGGCGACGGUACCGGUGGCCGUUCGAUCUACGGCGAGCGCUUCGCCGACGAGAACUUCAAGCUGAAGCACUUCGGUGCCGGCUGGCUGUCGAUGGCGAACGCGGGCAAGGACACUAACGGUUCCCAGUUCUUCAUCACCGUUAAGCAGACGAGCUGGCUCGACGGUCGGCACGUCGUGUUCGGCAAGGUGCUGGAGGGCAUGAGCGUCGUGCGCAAGAUCGAGAACACCGCCACCGAUGGUCGCGAUCGUCCAUCGAACGAUGUCGUGAUUGCCGAUUGCGGCUCGCUGCCAGUCAGCGAACCGUUUGCGGUCGAGAAGAGUGAUGCCACCGAGUAGGCGUAGUUGGGUUGCCCGUGCAAGACGACAGACAGGGAGACGGGGGGGCUAAGGUGCUCGUGUCCUCAGUGAGGCGCCUCUGCCGAAUACGUAGAUCGAUCUUCCUUCCUUUCUUCGCCGUUCUAUCAAACAUCGUCGCCUGUGCGGCGUUGCCCCGCACCGUUUCCAUCAAACCAUCUGAGCAACACCUUUUUCCCAACCCGUUUUUUUUGCAUUUAUGAUCUGCCACGAAUCCAGGAAGGCUUAGACAAAUGAUUGUGACGACGACGAUCACGAACAGCAGAGAGUACCGCACUCUGGUAAAACGAUUUUUGUAACAAACAAUAAAUGAGGAGAUCAUGUGAUCUAGUAUAUUUUUACGAAAA